AUGACGAGCAAUAACGAUUCGCGAAAGCGCAGGAGGGUUACGGUUGAGGAGGAUUCAGAGGCCCCAUCAGAGCGCGGCCUUGUCGACGGCCGUGAUAGGGAGGAGGAUCAGGGCCUUUCAUUGGGUCCAAGAGAUGAGGGACUGAGCCACGAUGCCCGAGAUGACGACGUGUCGACGCGUCAAGAGGGUGAGGUCACAGGCGAUGGCCGGGGGGCUUCUCGUCUCGAAAACAGUGGUCUAUUUGGAUCAUUUACGGAGCCGGACAUCAGUCGGAGUUACUGGGACGCUUUGGAUUACGAUAGGCGCCGUCGCAGUGGGGUCGCAGGUCAUACAAGAGAUGGCCGCCAGGGUGACCACGGGGGUCAGCAUGCAUCGACAAGUCGAACAUUCACAGGUGGUUCGACGAUACUUGAGGAAGGCGAGGUUCUCUCCUAUUUCAGGAGGCUCGCUGGUGGUGGAACAGGCAUCAACUUGGACAGAGAUGAAGGCGAUGCUGACUGGGCCGACCUUGUUGGCCCUUACCGGAAAUGGCCAAUCGGUACGUUGACCACCCAGGCUGUUCUCGGCCUGGCUAGCGGCAGAGCACCCCCAGGAAGUCUGAAUUAUUUCGUAUCCCUCCACAUGGGAUACGAGAUGGCGAUGACCCAGAGUCCCACGAACGAGGUUCUCUCCAUCCACGAGCCAAUCAAGAGACCGUCAUCUUUGGAUCAACACGGGAAUGCGACCCAUGGCUUACAGAGAAGCCAAGACUCGGGUAGCCCAAGGCUGCAGAUUUUAUGCGCCAAUCUUGCGGCCUACUGGGAACGGGGUGAACUGGGUGUUCUAUUACAGAAAUUCGUUAUUAAGCGUAAACAUAUGGCACCUCUUUUGAUAUAUACCAAGGCCUUCUGCUUCAUCAAAUUGGCAAUCGCUUAUUCCAAUGACUUCUGCGAAGGAGAGAUGCCGGAGGCAUUGGAAGGCAUCUGGCCGUUCACCAAGGCUGACGCAAUAAGACACAAGAACCAGCUGCGUCGCUUCUACGAGAUAGGCAUGAAGAAUAUGCCUGCGGGUGAGCUCGAGGGGCUCAGCAUGGCCGACAUUCGAGCGAGGUAUGACACGAGAGGCGGCAUCCCACCCCAAUAUCGCCACGAUACACAGUGGCUGAGCAAGCCAUGUCCUUUACGGCUUCCUCGACACAUUGGCAGGGAAGCGGCGGUCGAGAGCCUUGACGUUGAAGCAAAACCCCUCGGGAUCAAGACGCUCCUUAUCGACGACUACAAAAUGCUCGUGGAGGGCGAGUUCGCACGCUUCAAGGGGGCCCACCACCAGCAGCCGGGUGACUCUGCCAAGGGAGUGGGCCGUAUUGUGCAGAUGAUUAAAUCCGACGUCGCUGAGGGGGAGAUCCCGAUCAGUCUGGCCCUGGGCGAGGACGCUCUAGAUAGGAUCCGGUGCAAGUGCACCGACACGCUGGAGUUGCUGGAAAAGUGGGCGGAUGAGUCGUCCAACCUGUCGUCCGAAGGGAUUCCGUUCUAG